CCCAAGCUGGCUAUGGUGCGGAUGCUCGGGCAACUCUGGAAGUGCUUGUUGAGGCUGGUGCUCCCCUUUCUAGAGGUGCGUUUCACGCUGUUUUAUCUGGUGACUUGACAGUACGAGAGGCAGAAGAAGUAAUUCUGCUAAUGCAGACGAAAUACAAUAUCUCAGCAACGCCGCAGACAUACGCCUAUCUUCAUAAGGCUGUAAUUAAACGACCUAAUGGCUCUUCCACUGUUCUCCAAAUGUUUGACUGGCAUGAGUUGGCCUUGAAGUCUCUCUUGAAAGUCAACGACACCGUUAAUCAUCAGAUGCCAAACACAUUAGUUGAUGGACACUCGGGACAGGCGGCAAUAAGCACGAGUUCAAUUGUUACGCCAUUAGAAAAGGAUCUUUUAGCACGAUACCCAACAUAUGCAGAGGCUGUCGAGGGGGUUCUGGUACGGCUGCGCGUUGACCCCACGAUCGAUUCACGUCUUAAGUCGUAUUUGCGUCCACUACUUCGUGUGGCUCAGCUUCGUAUGAAUAGCUUUACUGGGAUGGCUCCACAGGUGCCUACACGAGUUCCAAAAGGGGCGGCGAUUGCUGUGCUAGCAGCGGACGUGCUUGCAAACCUUGAGGAAUGGUUUAUGCCAUUUGCCUCAUACUACUCCGCGGUAGUGAUUCCGUAUUCUUCUCUUGUGGCGUUGCGGAACGGCGGUGGACGGCGUGUGGAUGGGACCUUUGAAAAAGGCACACAGCAGUUGCUAAACGACCCACUUUGGCGAGAAAUUGGCUCGGAGCAGCAACACAUGUUGGAGAGUCGGCGGCGCGUGUUGGUGAAAUUUCUUGAGACAUACCGUGACGUCAUUCAUUUGGUGUCACUGGAAGAGGAGUUGGCGCUGAGCCGUGACUGCGAUCGUUAUGGCAUCGCGGCGCGAAAAACAUUUGCCCGUUGUGCCGCUUUUGCGUUGAACCUGGCACGUUUGGACGUAGCCAAUGGAACGAAGGUAUACGCGGAGCAGACGUGCAACAUUGUUCUGGUCUCCUCAAGCUUUGAUGGGUGUGGGAGGUAUUUGGUCGACCUAAAGCGAGAGGUUCUACGCGGGAAAAAAGACAUUGACGGACUCCAGGGUUUGACACAGGGGCUGCAACGGCUGUGUUAUCAUAAUCCUCGCACAAGCCCGCAGUGGCGGCCGCCUCAGGUCUCUGUCGCAUCUCUCAUCCACCCCGCCGUGAAUCAACAGUCAUAA